CAUUUUCCAUAUUUUUGGCCCUGUCCAUUUUAACAAUUUUCAGCUGAGGCGUUGUGCUAAAGUAGAAAGAAAAAACCUUUGUGUGUCCUCAAGAAGAGCAGAAAUGGAUCUUAAUGGGUUAGCUAUGGAUGUUGAUGGGGAAAAUUUAGGCACUUGUUUAACCAGCUUUGUUGAUGAUGGUACUGUUGAGAGUCACAGAUACUUCCUUGCAAGAAAAACUAUGCUUGAAAUGCUUAAAGAUCGUGGUUUUGCCAUACCCAAUUCAGAAAUUGACACAACCCUUGAAGAAUUUAGAGAGAAGUUUGGUCAAAGACCUGACAUUGAGCGCCUCAGAAUCUCCACCAUGCACAGGACUGACCUUACCAAUAAGGUUUUGGUCAUCUUCUGUGGGCCAACUGCCGUGAAAGUGAAUGUCAUCCGCAGCAUUUUAACUCAAAUUAUGAACAAGGAGUCUUUGACUCGACUGAUAUUAGUCAUUCAAAAUCAAAUGACUAAUCCAGCUAUGAAAGCUGUGGAGCUCUUCUCAUUCAAAGUUGAAAUUUUCCAGAUCACAGACUUGCUUGUCAACAUCACAAAACAUGUUUUAAAGCCAAGGCAUGAGUUGUUGACCGAUGCCGAGAAAGAGAAGCUGUUGAAGAAAUACAACUUGGAAGAGAAGCAGCUACCACGGAUGUCUCAGAAGGAUGCAAUUGCUCGGUAUUAUGGACUGGAGAAGGGGCAGGUGGUGAAGGUCACGUACAGCAGUGAAAUCAUCGAGACACAUGUUACCUAUCGCUGUGUCUGGUGAUGCAACAAUGUAAAUCUGCUGUCGUAUGUUUUAACUUUCUCCAACUCCCUCUUCCAUCCCCUUUUGGUUCCCUUCUCGACCUUCGCUCAAAUUAAGAGCAUGUCGUAGUAUGUUAGUACACUAUGUAGUAGUAUGCCCAGAUUGUCUUAACUUCAUACUUUUGUGCUAGUAGGGGUGAUGGUGGCUACUCUAAUCUGCAAAAUUGACCGUGUUGCAAUGUAAAUUGUAAUAGGAGUUUAAAGCAGCUCUUCUUAACUUUUGCA